UGAAAAGAAGGGAAGAAAAAGAUGGUACUAGAUACUAGUAGUGUAGCGUGCAGACCACAGAGAGGGAGGAAAUGUCAUGUCAAAACAACACAACAUGCUCCAAAUCUCUGAAGAGACUGAAUAAGGAGUCAUAAUAAGAACAAACACAACCUCUCACUCUCAAUCACUCGCUCUGUCUUUCCUUUUCUUCUCUCACUCACUCUCGGCCUGUGUUUGCUUUCUCCGCGUCUCCUUAGCCUCUGCUUCUGGGGGGACUUUCCCCUUCUCCUUCGCUGAUAUUACCAAUCCCCCCCCCCCCCCCCCCACACUCUCUCUCUCUCUAGCUCAGACUAACACUGGCUUUCAUCCCCUUCUCUCUCCUCCCCCAUACGUUAGGCACGCCUACUCUCCAUCAUCUUUAUAUGCAUAUUCUUUCCAUUUGUUUCCGGCGAACAAGUAGAAGCGAUAAGGGAGCAAAAAAGAAGACAGUUUUGCAUGAAUCCUCAACUAUAUUGUAUUUGAGUUUCCUACAGAGGCAUUAAAAGGGAGGGCAUUUUCGAUCUCUUGAUUUUCCACUUGCAAGGUAAGUAAAAAAGGGAGAAAGAUACACAAAAUAUACACAAAAGCAGGCGCGAAAAGCUUUUGUCUUAAGAGAUCUAUAUCUCCAUACUCAAAGUGGAAAAAGAGUUGGAAGAAAGAAAGAAGAAACAAGGUUUGACCGAGGAAGUCGAGGUCACGCACCUACUAGCACUAAGGGGAAGACGGAAAAUGGCAUCGUCAUCGAAUUCUCCAUGUGCAGCCUGCAAGUUUCUGAGGAGAAAAUGCCAACCAGAAUGCGUCUUCGCUCCCUAUUUUCCACCGGAUCAGCCACAAAAAUUUGCCAACGUGCACAAGGUAUUUGGGGCAAGCAAUGUCACAAAACUACUAAACGAGUUGCAUCCCUCCCAACGCGAGGAUGCUGUGAACUCUUUGGCAUAUGAAGCAGAUAUGCGUCUUCGCGACCCAGUCUACGGCUGCGUUGGGGUCAUCUCUCUCUUGCAGCACCAACUUCGCCAGCUGCAAAUGGAUCUAAGCUGUGCCAAAUCUGAACUUUCCAAAUAUCAGAACCUAGGCAUCACAGGUCAUGCCGGUAUAUUUGCUGCUGCGGCUGCUGCAGCCACUGCUACCACACACAAUCAUAAUCACCACCACAACCAUACACAGAAUCUGGGGAUCAAUCUGAUCGGAGGUGGCGGUGGGGGAAGGGACCACCACUACCACCACCAACUAUUUUCAAGGGAUCAGCAGCAGAUGAUGAGAAGCUUUGAUGCUGCUAACAACUAUGAUGGAAGCCUUCUGGCCAUGAAUGUUUCUGCAAGCAUUGGACAGCGGAGUCAGUUCCAGCAACCCAGGGCUGCUGCGGGAGAUGACCGCCGCACCAUUGAUCCCUCUUAGUUUUCUGAUUAUUGCCUGGGCUGGAGUUUGAAGGAAUGGCUCAAAGGAGAGACGCAUAUUGACUUGCUCUUUAGUUUUUUUCCCUAUAUUCGACUCUAAAAUCAUCUGAAAGGAAAUAUGAAUGUUCCAUUUCAAAAAUGUACUUCCUUCUCCAGCAUCACAGUAUAACACCAGUAGUUCGUGGGGUUUUUUGCCUCUGAAAAUGUACCAUGGCAAGGCAUGGGCUGGUUUUGUUUCCUUCACUUUGAAAUUUUCUCUUUUAAACAGUUAAACAGACAACAAUGUUAUUUGCAAUGUGAAGCUACCGUUUCUUUUGUUUGCUUUUCUCUUUAAACCGUGGAUUAUUGUAUGAUGAACAUUGCAUUCUGAUCGUUGGUUCGGAAUCCCAUGUAGAG